AUGUCUGUUCUAACACUAUCAGUUUCAAUCCCUGGACUAAAGCCCCCUCACUGUGUGGAUCCAAAUGUAGAGAAUUGCAAGAAGGCAUCCACAAUACAACUAGCUGUAUUUUAUGGUGCCCUCUACACACUGGCUGUGGGUACAGGCGGGACAAAGCCGAACAUCUCGACCAUCGGAGCCGACCAAUUCGACGGUAAAGUUCACAAGUUCUCCUUCUUCAACUGGUGGACCCUGGGUUACGGGAUUCCCACCGUGGGCCUUGCAAUAUCAAUACUGAUCUUCUUGGCGGGCACGCCAUUUUAUCUGCACAAGGUGCCCGCUGGGAGUCCCUUCACAAGGAUGGCUAGGGUUAUAGUGGCUGCCGUAAGGAAGUGUAGGCUAUCCCUUCCUGCUGACCCUAAAGAACUCCAUGAGCUUGAUUGUGAAGAAUACACCAAGAAGGGAAAGUUUAGGAUCGACUCCACACCCACCUUAAGGUUCCUCAACAAAGCUUGUGUUAAAACAGGAUUAACCAAUCCAUGGAUUUUGUGUUCAGUAACUCAAGUCGAGGAAACCAAGCAAAUGUUGCGAAUGAUACCAAUCUGGGUGGCCACAUUUGUUCCAAGCACAAUGAUUGCUCAAAUUAAUACCCUUUUUGUCAAGCAAGGGACCCUUCUCAACCGAAACAUCGGUAGCUUCAAAAUUCCUCCGGCCAAUUUAUCUGCAUUUGUAACGAUCUCCAUGCUCGUCUGCAUCGUGUCAUACGACCGAGUCUCUGUCCCAAUCAUGAGGAAAUUGACCAAGAACCCUAGAGGCAUCACUCUCCUCCAAAGAAUGGGAGUUAGUAUUGUCCUCCACAUUACUAUCAUGACAAUUGCUUCAUUAACUGAGAUGCAUAGGCUUAAUGUGGCCAAGGACCAUGGUCUUGUUGAAAGUGGAAAGCCGGUACCUUUAUCAAUUUUCAUUCUACUUCCUCAAUUUGUGCUUAUGGGCACUGCAGACGCAUUUCUAGAGGUCGCGAAGAUUGAGUUUUUUUAUGAUCAUGCACCCGAGAACAUGAAGAGUCUCGAAACUUCUUAUGCCAUGACUAGUCUAGGAAUUGGGAGUUUUAUUAGCAGUUUUGUUCUUUCAACAGUUCCCGUGUCACCAAAAGGCAUGGCCACCAUGGAUGGAUUUUGA